UAACUCGAAGGGGCACCUUUUAUUCUGCACCAUACUGCAUCUUCUACCUAAUGUCUCAGGUGUUUGGGGCUCCCUAUAACCAGCCAGUGCUCCCGAUGGCCCUUCCAGCGGCCAGAACCCAAGAGAGACCCCGGCUGUGGCUGUUCUCCGCCCCCCCUCCCCCCCUGCUGAGGCAGGGGGUUGGGGAGCCGACUCAGGUCCCCAGCCACUGGGGCAGGAGAGCUGUGGGGGCGGGGAAGGCCGAGGGGGUGGAGAGCCGGCCAGCCCCGCCCCGGCCCGAAGGGGAAUAUUUAACCUGAGCAGAAGCUGGGCUCUGCCGGCUCCCGCAGACCCAGCCAGGACAGAGGCAGGACAGAGCCAGCUGGCUUCCAGACCGCUGACGGCCGCUGCGCUGACGUCCGCCCGAGGCCCCCCGAGCGGCCCUGACCCCGGAAUCUCCCAGCACCCCACUUGUUCCUCCCUAGCACGUUCACCCGGGACUGACAGAGCCAGGACAGACGGGCCCCCGUGCCAACAGACAGACGGACCGCCGGAGCGCCCCUCCAAGCCCUAGCCCGGAGCGCGGACCCCCCCACGAGCCCCGCGCAGCCCCCGCCUGCCAUGGGCUGGCUCCUACCCGUCACCCUCGGUUGCAUCAGCCUCCUGAGCCUCCUGCUCCCGGGCGCGCUGUCUCGGCGCGCUGGUGAGGACCCGCUGCUGGCCCGGCCCAGGAAACCCCCAGAUGGGCGAUACCCUCAAGACCUUACAUCUGAAGCUGUGCUGAAUAAGGAGCCGGUGGCUCUUGGAGGUCAGGGAGAACCCCAUCUGGAGCCUCUUGUGGAACUGCGCCCUCAGCGCUCACAUCACCACCGCCAACACCGUGGGAAGCUCCGGGACCACGGGGGCAAGCGAAGGGGCCAGGGGCCGAGGAGGGCCGGGGGCCGGGGCCGCAGGCACACCCGGCGCCACCACACCCAGUUCAUAAGGAAGAGCUGUGCCUUCAGCACCUGCCAGCUGCAGAAUCUCAGCCACCGCUUAAGGCAUUUCUUGGGACAGGAGGGGAAGAAGGACUCGGCCCCCGGGAACCUCAUGAGCCCCCACAGCUAUGGCUGAGCAGCCAACCCCCCCCCCUUACAGCCCCCAGAACUCGGCACAGGCACCCCCGCGUGUCGCGGCCCUACUUGCGUCUCCGGAUGAAUUAUUUUCCUCUCUGAGGCUGAGCUUUCUCAUACAUCAAAAUGGGGGUGGCCAUUGAUACCGACACAAUUCGCCUCAUUGGGGUGUUGGGAGGGAGUGCUUUGGAAACCUUAAAAUCCAAAAGAAAUGGGGUAUUUUGUUAUUGUUAUUUGUUAGUAGCCUUGUUCGGAUCCCACCCGGAGCCUGCACCCGUGCCCCAACCUGUAGCAGCUCCAGGGCUCCUCCCACACAGCACCUUAAAAGUCUUUGAGUUCGGCCCUAUUUUACAGAUGCGGAAAAUGAGACCCAGUCUCCAUAACCCUUGGGGAGACACUCAUGGCCCUCUAAUGGGGAUUAGGGAUUUCCCUCUAAUCCCAGGGAGAUUUUCCGGAGCCCCUAACCUGGAGGAAGGUGACUAGGGUCCCUCGCUCUGGGGAGAUACCCCCCAAGUCCCCUCUCCCAGGACACUUCCAGCUGCCCUUGAAAACAUGAAACGGCUCAGAGGAUAACCUGAGGGACCUUGGGAACUGUCCAGAACCCUUCUAAUCUGGGAAAUAAAUGCUGAGGGCCCCUCUCAGCUUGGAAGAAAUAACCUUCCUACUUCUAGGGAAGAUGCUCAGUCCCCUCUAACUCCUAAGGGCCCCCUGAACCCAGGAUGCUACCUGAGGGGUGCCCAGGAUGCCGACCCGGGCCUAGGGCCCCUCGAAUCCGGGAAGAUGGCAGGGACCCCCUCAUCUCCCCGGCGGUCAGGAAGAGCCUCUCAGCACGAAGGGUCCUGCACAAAGACUUGUGGAGCUCGACGCGUCUUCAUUUUCUUGACCAACGUUCCCAGAGGCCUCCGGGUCCCUCUUGCCUAGUUGGGGCCGUGGGUGGGGAGGCGUAAAUUAUUCUUUGUAGAUGUAUACCUGUUCAACUAAAGCUAGCUUUGUGCAUUCA